AUGGUCUUUUUGCUGGAGGCAGAUGUGAAGAAAGCAUCAGGAACAUUGGCAAGCCCCUCGUUGAUAAGAUUGGCAGAUGGAAACACAAACUGUGAAGGCCGUGUAGAAGUCUAUCACAAUGGAAGCUGGGGGACUGUCUGUGAUGAUUUUUGGGACAUACUUGAUGCACAGGUUGUAUGCAGGCAACUUAACUGCGGAGAGGCCAAUUCCUCUCAUGGAGGUGCCUGGUUUGGUCGAGGCAACGGUAGUAUUAUCCUAGACAAUGUGGGAUGUCAGGGAAAUGAAAUCGCUCUUCAAAACUGUUCCCACAAUGGAUGGGGAGUCCAUGAUUGCCAACAUAAGGAAGAUGCCGGUGUCAGCUGUUCAGGAACAUUGGCAAGCCCCUCGUUGAUAAGACUGGCAGAUGGAAACACAAACUGUGAAGGCCGUGUAGAAGUCUAUCACAAUGGAAGCUGGGGGACUGUCUGUGAUGAUUUUUGGGACAUACUUGAUGCACAGGUUGUAUGCAGGCAACUUAACUGCGGAGAGGCCAAUUCCUCUCAUGAAGGUGCCUGGUUUGGUCGAGGCAACGGUAGUAUUAUCCUAGACAAUGUGGGAUGUCAGGGAAAUGAAAUCGCUCUUCAAAACUGUUCCCACAAUGGAUGGGGAGUCCAUGAUUGCCAACAUAAGGAAGAUGCCGGUGUCAGCUGUUCAGGGGAUCAAACAUUAGCGUAUCAACAGAUGUUCAGAGAUGCCGUUAACAUUGAGAAGAGGCGGAUUGAUGAUUUCAGUCAUUAA